CGUUCCGUCCAGCUGCUCAACGUCCCCGAGCACGCAGCGUACGCUGAUAUCGUGGCCGUGGUGCGAGGCGGCAUCCUCUUCGAUCUCUCCAUUUCUCGUCGCUCGGGAACCGCUACCGUUACCUUUGCAGAGACAUCUUCGGCCGCAGCGUACUAUGCCCACGUGCGAGAUAACGACCUCUACAUCAAAAGCAAGAGGGUCGAUAUUCGCUGGUCAGACCGCUUCCUGACCUUGCACGAGCACUUUGCCAAGCGCAUCGCAAAUGGCGCCACCCGCAACCUCGUCAUGCGCAAGUGCAACGUCAGCCACACCGAGGCCUCGAUCCGCAGGGACCUCGAGCACAUUCACAACCUCAAGGUGGUUGGCAUCUAUUUCUACGAGGGCAACUGCCACAUCAGCACCAACUCGGUCCCGAGUGCCAUGUAUGCGCGCACCUGCAUGAUGAGUCGGCUCAAAUACAAGGGCUGCCGCAUCGAGUGGGACGUGGACGACUGCGCUCAGCCCCUGAGCCAGAUGCCCAUCAUGUCUCGCCGACGCACUCCUUUCCCCGUGGCCCCCGUGGCCCGCUCCGUUCGCAAUGCGAGCAACCGCUUCCAGCUUCUCGCUUCCGAAGCCACUUCUGAAGAAUAA